GCUAACUAGGGCACGUGUUGUCUGCAUGUAAACAGUGUGGCCAGAUAUUGGAGUGCAGGCCACAAUGGGGGACAGAAUAUUUGAAAAUGACCUGGUUAUAAUAGAAGCAAUUGAAAAAAAUAACGUUCUGCUGACAAGAAGCCUAAAGGAUAGUGAUUAUGACUUCAACAAAGCAAUUCCAUAUCAAAACUCUGUGGGGUCCUCUUCUAUUCUGCCAGUGAGUUUAGCCUGUGCCUGGGGAAGUGUGGAAAUCGUAAAAUACCUUAUUGACAUUGGCGUGGACGCAAACAUCCCUGGUACUGAUGGAAAACUGCCUAUACAUUACACUUGUGAUUCACAAGAACGUGCCGAUGAACGCAAAGCUGAAUGCACACGAGCUCUGGAUAUUCUAGUCAGGAAUAACUGUGAUGUCAAUGCUGUUGAUAAUAUGGGACGCACUGCUCUAUUCUUAGCCUGUGAAGCUGAUGACGUGGAGGCAGUUCGUCUUCUCGUUCAAAACUCUUGUGAUGUGAAUAUACAGAGUGUCUUUGGAGAUUCCCCAUUAAAAAUUUCUUGCAGAAAUGCAAAAUACUGGUCAUACUGGCAAGGCAAGGAUCCUCACAGUAGUGAAAAAAGGGUUAAUGCCUCCAACUUUCCACCUGUGCAAAUAACUAAAAUGCUACUACAAGCCGGAGCAGAUUUGUCAGAUGCAACUAUGUUGCCGACUGCGGUACAGCUGGGUGACAUUCAGAUGGUGCAGGAACUAUUGAUCCUUGGAAUGGACAUAAACAUGCUGGAUGAGAAUAUGUGCACCCCACUGGGCAUUGCCUGCUCUUCAGUGCAUGUGAGCCCAUGUAUGGUCAAGCUACUCCUCGACAGCGGGGCUGAUGUUAACAGAGGCGGUGGAUGGAAACGACAGAAGCCAAUCAUAUUUUCCUAUGUACACAACUCUGUAGAGAAACUCAAAUUGUUGUUGUCCUAUGGAGCACAAAUGUCCCGUGAAGAAAUGACAGAAAUGGUCUCCCUAACGUUAUCAAAAUCUAUCUUAGAAAAUCCAGAAGUGAUUGGUCCAAGCAGUAAAGAGCUACUGUCAUGGAGACUGCUGAUGCUGCAUGGUUUUACCCCUGUAGUCAUUGGCACUGAGAUUCAGAACAAAUUGAGCCAACUGAGUAUCUGCAGCAGCUUUGAUAAGAUAUCACCAUGGUUGUGGGGCAUGCUGUUCCCAGUGCGAUCUCUCAAAGAGAUUUGCCGUAUCAGUAUUCGCAGCAAUAUACAGACACCGAUAGAUGAAAACCUUGUUCAUCUUCCUAUUCCAAAUAGUGUGAAAGAGUAUUUGAAAAUCAAUGAGAUCCGUAAUGGGGAUCUUUAAAUGGCCUCACAACAUACAUGUGCAUAUUUAAAAUGAUUAAGUUUUAUAGUAUACAUUUUUAAAUGUUUUUUUUCAAUGUUAUGUUGUUAUUUAUUUAACAGGCAUGUCUUGUUAGAAAAUUAAUAUAUUUAAAAAAAGAUGUGACUGUAGAUGUCAAUUGUAUGUAUUCUAACUAUCCUCUAAAAAAUCAUAGUCAUAUAAUUAUAACUUUUGAAUAAUGAAAACUUCUGAUAAAAUACGUAAUAUUUGCUACUUGUAAUAUUAUUAUUUUAUGCCUAGGAAUUCAUAAAGCACAAGUGUUAAGCACAAAUUAUUUGAUAAUAAGCAUCUAUACUCCUUUGGUUGUUUGAAAGCUAAUUAUUUUAAGAAAAAAUAUUUUGAAUUUAAUUCUCACAUGAUCUUUGUCACAUUUUAAUAUAUUUGAUUAAGCUUUUGAAUGCUAACACUAUUUAAAUAUGCUCUAAUAAUUUGUUAUGCCCAGGAUCGAAAGAUCAGGGGUAUAUUGUUUUUGGCCUGUCUGUCUGUCUGUUUGUCAUUGUGUCAGUCAGUCAUUGUGUGUGUCAUAAAACUUUAACCUUGGUUAAACUUUUAUAACUUUAACAAUAUUGAAGAUAGCAACUUCAUAUUUGGCAUGCAUGUGUAUCUCAUGGAGCUGCACAUUUUGAGUGGUUAAAAAUAAAGGUCAAGGUCAUCCUUCAAGGUCAAAGAUCAAAUAAUUAUUGUUUUUUUCUUUCCUAAAACUUUAACCUUCGUUAAAGUUUGGUCAUAACUUUUUAAGUAUUGAACAUAGCAACUUGAUAUUUGGCAUGCUUGUGUAUCUCAUGGAGCUGCACGUUUUGAGUGGUGAAAGGUCAAGUUCAUCCUUCAAGGUCAAAGGUCAAAUUUAUGGCUUCAAAGCGGCGCAAUAGGGGGCAUUGUGUUUCUGACAAACACAUCUCUUGCUUGAGACAUACAUUUGCUCUUGUUUCAUAAUUAUAUUGGUAUCAUAUUGAAUGAUGCUGAAUGCAGGGUUUUCCCUUCCUUUUAUUUGAACAGGCCAAAUAAAAAUUUGAACAGGCCAAGCAAGGCACUCCUGCUAGGGGGGUCCGGGGGCAUGCCCCCCCGAAAAAUUUUGAAAAUCUAGACACAAAAUGGUGCAUUUUGGGGGGGUUUGGACAGAAAUUUUAGAGAUGAAAAUUACUUGUUUUUUUGUGUAUCACUUAUGGAAUUUUUCUAACUUUAUUCAACUAAAAGUAUUGUUUGAAUAAUUUCUUUCAUGCAUUUUCAUCGAGAUUUUCAUCAAUACAAACCUUUCUGACGUUUUGAAGGCGCUGUCACACUGAAAAAAUCUCUCAGGGUUCGUUUCAUUUUGAGAAAACCAUGUGGUUACGAUUUUUGUAGUUAUUUGCGUACUCAAAAUAAUCAGCCAAUGAGAAGCGCCGUUUUGUAGUUAUUUGCGUACUCAAAAUAAUCAGCCAAUGAGAAGCGCCGUUAUAAAUUAUACUUGUUCGGUAAAACGUACACACGGAAGUAUAAAGAACAUAAACAAAACGAUGUUAAAUCGAUGUUUUCGCUUGUUUAAUUUCGUCUUUUCUUAACUUUAACAAUUACAUCGAUCAAAGUUGCAAAACCUCUCAUUAUUUUUUUUUGUUACCAGCAUUUGAACCGGCCAGAAAAUCGAUUGAACCGGUCAAUUUGGCCGGCGGCCGGUUCUUAGGGAAAACUCUGGCUGAAUGGCAAGUUACAUUCUUAAAAACACAGACAAGUUAUGUUUGAAUAGCCCUUAAGUCUUUGCAAAACUGGCUUGACAAUGGCAAUAAUCUGCAUAAGUAUGUUUGAAAAAGCUGCCAGUCCAAAUACAUGUACAAAGUGACAAACCAAAACAGGCAUGUACAUCUUAAGCUUUUAUUAAUGAUAUUUUUCUGAUAUUCUGAUACUUAACUGGGUAACACAACAUAACAUUAUAAAACAAAACAAAAAUCAUAAUAAUUCAAAAUAAACAUUAUUGAUGGCAACAACACUUAUUUCAAGGCAGUAAGUAAAUGUACAUGUAUCUUAAGAAUAAAAUUCAAGAUAAAAUAUCUUAUAACAAAAGCUUCUUUGGUGUAUUUACAGAUAUAUUAGAAAUUACUAAUAUUAUGUCGGAUGAAACUAAUAACGUGGAAUUUAUAUACAUAUGGAUUUAGAUAAAAUAUACGUUUGAUGUAAUUCUUUCUUAUAUAAGUGUAAUAGAGGCAUACACAUAUAAAUGGUAUCCAUAGUGUUAAGAAUGGCACUAAUGUUUUAUUAUUUCAUAUUUUUCCUACUGCAUUUUGAUUGACAUUUUCCAAAUUCAAUAUGCCAGUCCAAUUGUAAUUUUGGCAGCCAGGACAGGCAAUUUUGCAAGACUGCAUUGACACUUUGUGUGAAUAUUGUUGUAAAAUGUUUAAUGUAAUACCUGUUUUUAGCUCACCUGAGCACAACAUGCUCAUGGUGAGCUUUUGUGAUCGCCUUUUGUCUGUUGUGCGUCGUCCGUCAUCAACAUUUUGCCUUGUGAACGUACACUCUAUAGGCCACAUUUAUUUCCAAUCUUCAUAAAACUUGGUCAGAACAUUUGUCCCAUUGAUACCUCGACUGAGUUCGAAACUGGGUCAUGCUGGGUCAAAAACUAGGUCACUAGGUCAAAAAAUAGAAAAACCUUGUGAACACUGUAGAAGUCACAUUUGAUGCCCAAUCUUCAUGUUACUUUGUCAAAAUGUUUGUAUAAAUGAUAUGUUGGUUGAUUUCAAAAAUGGUUCCGGUCCGUUGAAAAACAUGGCCGCCAGUGGGCGGGGCAGUUUUCCUUUUUUGGCUAUAGAGAAACCUUGUAAACACACUAGAAGUCACAAUUUUUGCCCAAUCAUCAUGAAAGUUGGUCAGAACAUUGGUUCAAUUGAUGUCUCGGACAGGUUUGAAAAUGUUCGAGAUUGGUGAAAAAACAUGGCCGCCAGUGGGCGGGGCAUUUUUCUCUAUAUGUAUAUAGUGAAAACAUGUCAACACUCUAGAGGUCACAUUUUUGGCCCAAUUUUCAUGAAAUUUUGUCAGAACUUUUCUUUCCUAGAUAUGUGAGUUAAGUUUGAAAAUGGUUCCGGUCUGUUGAAAAACAUGGUUGCAAGGGGGAUGUGGCAGUUUUCCUUAUAUUUAUAUAGUGAAAAGGCUUGCAAACAAUCAUGAAUUAAGGUCAUGGCAUGUGAGACAACUCUUCUAAAUAUUGCAUUUAAGAAUACAGUAGUUACUCCUUUUAGCUUUGAUUAUUAAUGUUUUCAUAAUAAUACAGUGUAGUUGUGUUUCAUUUAUGUGUUAAUUGUUAUUUGAGGUUGGAUGUUUUUAUGCCCCCUUUCGAAGAAAAGGGGGCAUAUAGUGAUCGGACUGUCCGUCCGUCUGUCUGUCUGUCUGUCCGUCUUUCCGUCCCACUUUGCAUUUAGGUUUCCAAAAAUGCUCACAACUUCUAUGUCCCUUGAGGUAUAACCUUCAUAUUUGGUAUGCAUGUGUAUAUGGACAAGGCCUUUCCUUAUGCACACAUUUUUUAGCCUUGUUACCUUGACCUUGAACUUAGGGUCCGCGUUUAGGUUUCAAAAUCUGCGUUUAGGUUUCGAAAAAUGCUCAUAACUUCUAUGUCCCUUGAGAUAUAACCUUCAUAUUUGGUAUGCAUGUGUAUAUGGACAAGGCCUUUCCAUACGCACAACAUUUUUUACCCCUUUGACCUUGACCUUGAACUUAGGGUCCGCGUUUAGGUUUCGAAAUCUGCGUUUAGGUUUCAAAAAAUGCUCAUAACUGCUAUGUCCCUUGAGAUAUAACUUUCAUAUUUGAAAUGCAUGUGUAUAUGGACAAGGCCUUUCCAUCUAAAUCUGCCUUUAGGUUUGAAAAAUGCUCAUAACUUUUAUGUCCCUCAGGGGACAAAAAUUGCACUCGUCCGCUCGUAUUGACGAGUGAAAUCUUGAAAGGACGAGUGAAUUUCCCUAAAGCUCUCGUCCUACAGGACGAGUGAAAAAAAACUGAUGUUAAAAUAUAUGUUUUCUGACCAGUAAGACUCUUUUUCAUUAAAUAAAAUCAUUUCUUAAAGCAUAUCUAUUCCGAAAUAAGAACGAUAAUGAACCAGAAAUCGUAAUUGAAAAUUUUAUACAGCAGGUGCGCGUUGUUAUGCGAGACUGUGUCCAGAGUAAAUAUUGGCUUUUUGGUGUAAACUGUGCGCGUCCAUGUUGACAGGGAACCAUCUGACUUCAUUCACUGUAAGUAUUGAUUUUUUUAAAGAAUUAUUUUACUGCGAAGUACGGUUUUAAACCAGUCUGAAUUUCAUCUGAAAAAUGUCUGACAUACGAGCGUUCUUUAAAGGGGGCACGAGCGAUGUUCAACCAUCCGAAAUGGAAAACACGCAAGCAUUAGAAAAAGGAAAAAACAAAUUUGUCUUCAUUUAUUUAUUUUGUGUUCCUCAUAAAUAAAGUAAGUUAACAUUUCUUCUGUGAUCAGCUGGCAUGAAUAACUAAGUAAGCAGCAUUUUAGCAGUGAUAUAGGAAACAUUGUUAGUCACAUCAGUCCUUUGCAAUCUUUCUUUCACACAUAUUUGAAGGACAAGUGCAUGUGUUUGCAGGACGAGUGAAAAUUUUAAUGCACUUGUCCUGCAGGACGAGUGCAAUUUAUAAAUAUUUUUGUCCCCUGUCCCUUGAGAUAUAACCUUCAUAUUUGGUAUGCAUGUGUAUAUCGACAAGGCCUUUCCAUACGUACACAUUUUUUUACCACUGUGACCUACACUGUCCGUCAGUCCGCAUUUGCUUUGUAAACACUCUAGCAUUCACAUUUCUCAAGCAUUCUUUAUCAAAGUUGCUGAAAGAUCUCAGUAAAGUUUGAUGAUUAGCAAAAUCACAUAAUUAAUUCCAUAAUUAUUGCCCUUAGAUUGUCCAAAUUUUCAUAAUAUUAUACAAAAUCCUUAUAAGCAAAGUUUGAUGAUUGAUGUUUGGGGGGUCAACUCAAAAUAUAGGUCAACAUUUCAAAUCUUACAAAAACAAAAACACUCCCUACGCCAGAGCUUUGGUUCAAUAAUGAUGAAACUUGACCAGGAUGUUUGUCUGGUCAAUAUCUAGGUCAUGUUUGACAUUAGGUAAAGAUUGAAUGAACCGACUCCUCUCAGGUGAGCGAACUAGGGCCAUCUUGGCUCUCUUGUUUGACCUUGUGGUUUCUUUUUUAUUAAGAAAAGUAUUGUUCCUUUGGCUGUUUGUAAUAGUUAUUAUGCCCCCCUUCGAAGAAGAGGGGGUAUAUUGCUUUGCUCAUGUCGGUCGGUCCGUCCGUCUGUCCGUCCGUCUGCCAGGUGGUUGUCAGACGAUAACUCAAGAACGCUUGGGCCUAGGAUCAUGAAACUUCAUAGGUACAUUGAUCAUGACUUGCAGAUGUCCCCUAUUGAUUUUGAGGUCACUAGGUCAAAGGUCAAGGUCACAGUGACCCGAAAUAGUAAAAUUGUUUCCGGAUGAUUACUCAAGAACGCAUACGCCUAGGAUCAUGAAACUUCAUGGGUAGAUUGAUCAUGACUCCCAGAUGACCCCUAUUGAUUUUGAGGUCACUAGGUCAAAGGUCAAGGUCACGGUGACCCGAAAUAGUAAAAUGGUUUCCGGAUGAUAACUCAAGAACGCAUACGCCUAGGAUCAUGAAACUUCAUGGGUAGAUAGAUCAUGACUCGCAGAUGACCCCUAUUGAUUUUGAGGUCACUAGGUCAACGGUCAACGUCACGGUGACCCGAAAUAGUAAAAUGAUUUUCGGAUGAUAAUUCAAGAACGCAUAUGCCUAGGAUCAUGAAACUUUAUAGGUACAUUGAUCAUGACUCACAGAUGACCCCUAUUGAUUUUGAGGUCACUAGGUCAAAGGUCAAUGUCACGGUGACCUGAAAUAGUAAAAUGAUUUUCGGAUGAUAACUCAAGAACGCAUAUGCCUAGGAUCAUGAAACUUCAUAGGUAGAUUGAUCAUGACUCGCAGAUGACCCCUAUUGAUUUUGAGGUCACAAGGUCAAAGGUCAAGGUCACGGUGACCCGAAAUAGUAAAAUGAUUUUCGGAUGAUAACUCAAGAACGCUUUUGCCUAGGAUCAUGACACCUCAUAGGUACAUUGAUCGUGACUUGCAGAUGACCCCUAUUGAUUUUCAGGUCACUAGGUCAAAGGUCAAGGUCACAGUGACAAAUGUCGUAUUCACACAAUCGCUGCCAGUACAACGGACAGCCCAUAUGGGGGGCAUGCAUGUUUUACAAACAGCCCUUGUUGAUAUCUUGGAUUAAUUUGAAAAUGGUUACAUUUGCUUGAAAAACAUGGCUGCUAGGGGCGGGGCAUUUUUCCUUGUAUGGCUAUAGUGAAAUCUUGUUAACACUCUAGAGGCCACAUUUAUAGUCCCAUCUUCAUGAAACUCGGUCAGAAGAUUUAUCCAAAUAAUAUCUUGGACGAGUUAAAAAAUGAUGCCAGUUGGUUGAAAAACAUGGCCACCACUGGGGCGGGGCAUUUUUCCUUAUAUGGCUAUAGUAAAACCUUGUUAACACUCUAGGGGUCACAUUUAUUUUCCGAUCAUCAUGAAACUGGGUCAGAAGAUUUGUCCCAAUAAUAUCUUGGAUCAGUUCGAAAAUGGUUUUGGUUGCUUUUAAAAAAAUGGCCACCAGGGGCGGGGAAUUUUUCCUUAUAUGGCUUUAGUAAAACCUUGUUAACACUCUAGAAGCCACAUUUAUUUUCCGAUAUUCAUGAAACUUGGUCAGAAGAUUUGUCCCAAUAAUAUCUUGUUAUCUCAGGUGAGCGACUUUGGGCCCCUCAGGCCUUCUUGUUGUUGAAACCCAUUGUAACAAAAUGGAAAGAUUGAAUCAUACUUGCAUUUUUGCUAUGUUUAUCUUUAGGAUAUAAAUAUAUGAAUCCAAUACAGUUCUUAACCACUGGUGGUACAUUUCAAGCUGAAUAUUAUUUGAAAAAGUAUAUAAAGUAAAGCAUUGUUUGUUGUUUGACUGCAUUUUACAUAAUGUUUUCAUGUUUGACCACAAGGGUUACUUAAAAGAAUUGUCUUUUUUUGGUACUUAAAAUUACAGCAUAAAACACAACGUGCUAUAGUCCCAAGUGAUAUGUGUUGUUAAGCUAGACAUGAUGUACAUGUAACUUAAGUCUAUGUUGUUUAUUUUAAAGCAACCUCUUUUGCCAUGGUUUGGUGUGACCUAAAAUCAUCUUUUAUUUAUGUUUAAGUGGAAUGUAUGUGCUUAAAGCAUUUGUUCGACUGUCCUGAGUGUGAUGUGUUAAAGUGGGACACUUUGUCUAAUAAAAUCAUCUGUGAAUUUAA